AUGACGACUGUUGCAAUCCAGCCCGAGUUUGGCUAUGUGAUUUUCACACUUUUCUUAAGCUGGGUAAUGAUAAUGUACCUCGGAAUUCGUGUUGGAAAAGCGAGAAAGCAGUACAAUGUCAAGUACCCUAAUAUGUACAGUGAUAAACAUCCUAUAUUCAACUGUUUUCAACGAGGACAUCAAAAUGCGAUCGACAAUGAAAUUAAACUUGAAGAAUGGUACGUCGACCACUCAUGUAAAAAUAUUAUCCUACUAAUCAUGUUGCUCAUUCCUAAAAUAUUCACCAAAGAAGAAAAUAACGCUGGACAAGAUCACGCUUGGGACGUCAAAUAUCGUUGUUAUGGAAUUCCAGGUAUCCCAGGUGCACCAGGUAUACCUGGGAAUCCAGGGUUACAAGGUCCGAGAGGAGAUCGAGGAGAGACAGGACAGAAAGGUGAUAGUGACAGCAACGGAACACCUGGUAUACCUGAACCAAUUCAGCAGGGAAAGAAAGGAGAUUCUGGCGCACACGGAACCCCGGGAAAGAUUGGGCCAAGUGGCAAACCUGGUGUGAAAGGAGACAAGGGUGAUAAAGGUAAUGCAGGUGAUCAACGUCCUAUACAGACCACUUCAAGAGUUGCAUUUUCAGUUGCACGUACAUCGAGAAUGGGUCCAUUAUCAAAUUACCAAGCAGUAACGUAUGAUAAGAUCUACACAAAUAUUGGGGGUCAUUACAAUGACAGCACCGGCGUCUUUACAUGUCCCUCUAAUGGCGUGUAUUUUUUUACCAUGUCAGCUCUCAAACAGACAUCGGACAGCAAUCUUCAUGUAUGCUUUAUGAGAAACCAGAUUCAGCUGACAUGUGCCUUCUCCCGAACAGGAGCAGCUACAAAUAGUAUCAUCAUAGAGUUAUAUCUGGGAGAUGAAAUAUGGGUUAGACUACGCGAAGACUAUGCUUUAUACAGUAACGAGGGGAACAGAUAUGCAACAUUCUCUGGUUACAUUAUAAACACUGAUGCAGAAUAA